AUGUUCGGACAAAUACGAUCCAACAAGGCGACCGGCCUCAUCCUCGGCGUCGUUAUCUUCAUCACCGCCUUCGUUGGCCUGGCCUACAACCACCUCGAGCCCUGGCAGCAACCCGCCGAUACUACCGACACCGACGAUGCCUCGAUCCCCGAGACGCCCAAGUAUCACAGCGACUCAGACCUGAUUGCGCUCUACAUUGAGCGCAUGAUGAAGCCAAAGGUCAAGCCCGAUGACAAACAGUACUACCCCUAUGGCGCCAGCGCCAGCGAGCUCAGCGAGGACCCUUACUGGAAGAAGCCUUUGGGCAAGAACCUGUGCAUCAUCGAUUUGGACAGCCGUACCUUCGAUCUCCCCGGCCAGGCCUUCUCUCCCGACGGCAUGACCUGGGACCGCCCCGAGGAGAUUCAUGGCCUGUCCGCUGGUAUCAUUAACCACUGGGCCUAUGCCAAGAUCCACGGUUACAAGUACUACUAUGUCGAUAUCGACUCCUAUGAGGAUCGCCGUGAUUCCUGGAAGAAACCCAACAUCAUGGCCAAGAUCCUCAAGAAGCACGAUGCCUGCAUCUACCUCGACUCAGACGCCAUCUUCCACCACCUCGAUCUCCCCUUCGAGUGGCUCAUGAACUACUGGAACCUCAACCCCACCACCAACUCCCUCGCACUUGCCGCUGAUCCCAACGCUAAGAACAACCAAGACAAGUUCGGCAACGUCUAUCUCAACACUGGUUUCAUCGUCGCCCAGAACAACGACAAGACCUACGAAAUCUUCAAGGAGUGGGACGCCUGCCCUGAGGAGGGCGGCAAGCACCCCGAAUGCACUGAAUUCAAGCUGAAUCGCCCUGGUAAGCCCACCGAUCAGGGAGGCUUCGGUACCUACAUCCGCUACGAUUACCCCAAGGACAUCAAGGAGUUGCUCUGCACCGAGGCCAACGGUUUCCCCGAGAGCCACUCUGGCUGUGAGGGCAAGUUCAUCAAGCAUCUCUGGACCGGCAAGAAGGACUGGAUCAAGGUUGCUGUUGGUGGCCAGCUUCCUGGCGAUCUUCUCCUGGAGUUCCAGAAGGAUUUCGUCGCCUCCAAGAAGGACUUCUACAUUACUGAGAAGGACCUCAUGUCUAGCUAG